GUCGAAGUGCUUCUAAUCUGGCAAGCCGCAAGCGCUUGCCUUCGCUUGCCAUGGCAGGAUACGAAGCGGACGGAGAUGCAUCCAUCAAAGCAUCUGUUGCUUCUGCUGUGUUCAAAGUGCGCUGUCAGAGCACAAGACCUGGCGAGGCCGUUUUCGUUGUGGGUAGUCAUGAGGCUUUGGGAAAGUGGUCUGCAGCCAUGGCGUUGCCAUUGACGACCUCUGCGGACACGUUUCCCAUGUGGACCUCUGCUCCAGUACCAUUACUUGCAGGCAUGAUGGUCGAGUACAAGUUCAUCAAGCAGCGAGAAGAUCGUCAAGGAAAUCCACAAUGGCAGAAAUUUGAUGGAAACUACCGCGUCACACCAGUUGCAGGCAAAGUACUUCAAGCCGUGUCAGACUGGGAAGUCGCUUCGGCGGACAUUUCCGAGCUGACGCUUCCGGAAGAGCCAGACAAGAUUGAGAAGAGCUCCGAGGCUGGCAAGGUCGCUGCAAAACAAGAGAAAGAGGAGAUUCUUCUAAAAAUGGCAGAAUCUCAAGUCGAGACAGCAGCUGCGGAGGUGACAUCAACUUGUCCCUUGGCCGUAACCCUGACAAAGCGGGAAAUGAGCCGUCGGAAUUUCUCUCAAAGUUUGCUCACUUUAGACGUGGACGUUGUCGACGGCCCAAAAGAAGAGCAAAACGAGAACAAGGAUGAGGCAGAAACGACCAUCACCACUGCUUCAGCAGAAGAACCAGCACAGGAAGAGCAUAAGGAUGGGGAUGUAGUGGUUUGUCAAGUGCCAUUGGACGAGUACGAAGCGCCGCUGAACGAAGAGCCUCCGACUGAAGAGCCUCAGAAGGUCCCAGAUGUCCGGGGAGUGUCGUUGAAGCACAUUACGAGUUUCUCCGCCUUGGCGGACGUGGCCGAUGCAGCGACUAAGACUGAACAUCGAAAGGGGAAGAAGGUUGCACAGUCACACUAUGAUCCCUACAACCUGAACGUGCCUGUGGUGAUCGUUACCAGCGAAGUUGCUCCUUACUCUAAGACAGGCGGGCUUGGCAUGGUUGCGGCGUCAUAUGGCUUUGAGUUUGCGAGGAAUGGUCAUAGGACGAUGGUGGUGGCACCAAAGUACAAGCACUAUGAUGGCAUCAAUUUCGUUGGCGAGACUCGUGUUCGCAUGAAAGAUCAGGAGGAAAAUGUAAAGUAUUGGCAUCUACGAAAAGACUACGGGGAGGGGAAAGGCACCGACUUUCUCUUCAUUGAGGGACAGGGAAUUCAAAGAGAUGGCGGCCUGUACAACGAUGAUGAUGGGCGGGAAUAUCCGGAUAAUUUGGAGCGCUUUACUAUGCUAUGCUUGGCGGCAAUGGAGGCCCCUUUGAUCCUUGACAUCAACGGCCAAGGAAAGUAUGGAGACAAGGUUAUUUUCCUAGCAAAUGACUGGCAAGCCGGGCUAGUCCCUGUUUACAUGUGCUACAAAUACAGAAGGCACAACUGCUACUCUCAGGCAAGAGUGAUCUAUGUGAUUCACAACUUGGGAUACCAGGGCCAGUAUCACGGCCGUGAAGCUUGCAGAUUCUUUGGCAUCGAUGAUAAGGCAGCCGGAGACCUUGUGCUUGGGAACUGCAUCAACCUCUCCAAAGGAGCCUUGAUUUGUGCAGACCGGGUACUCACUGUCUCUCCGAACUACUCGAAGGAAAUCCAGACUGCUUCUGGUGGGUUUAACUUGCAGGACUUUGUUUCUGCCAAAGCUGCUUCUUUGCGGCUGGCGGGAAUUUUGAAUGGCAUUGAUGACUGUUGGGACCCUUUGGUUGAUCCGGAUAUCUUUUUGAACUUCUCCGUCGAAGACUUUGAGAAGGGCAAGCUGAAGAACAAAGCAGCUCUGCAAAAGAAGCUUGGGCUGGAAGAAAACUCAGAGUUGUGCCUCAUUGGCUUCGUGGGCCGUUUGACUUGGCAGAAGGGAAUCGACGUUCUGGCUUCUGUCAUCUCGUGGCUAAUGCAGGACACAGGCAACGGUGUAACUGGUCACGUGCAGCUCAUUAUGAUGGGCAAUGGAGAAAGACAAUACUCCGACACCCUGCGGUGGGCAGAAACCAACUACAAGGGCCGUGUUUGUGGCUAUGUAGGCUUUGAUCCCAAGGUUGAGCACCAGAUGAUGGCAGCUUGCGACCUACUGCUGAUGCCAUCACGGUAUGAACCAUGCGGCCUUCCACAAAUGUAUUCCCAGAUGUAUGGAACACUGCCAGUGGUCCAUGCGACCGGAGGCUUGGUGGAUUCCGUCAAAGACGUCUCUGCUGGCAUUGAGACUGCCACUGGUUUUCUCGUUAGUCCCUUGAGCUCGGAUAAGUUGAAGGAAACGCUGUACCGCGCAGUGGAAUUGUUCUUAAAGCGGAAGGAAGAUUUCCUCCACAUGCAGCGAACGGCUAUGCAACAUGACUACUAUUGGCCAAAGGCGAUGGAUGAAUAUGAAAGACAAAUUGACAUAGUGCUCUAUGAGUGCGCAACUGUUCGAUGAAAGCAAUCUGGAGUUAGACAAUAUUGGUGUUACCAUUUUAUGUUUGGACAUGAGCCGCGUGAAAACAUGAGUAUCCAUAAAAGGAAGAACACCAGACGGAACAAACAAAGCGGA